AUGCAUAUGGGAAACAACAACCCAGGAUGUAUCUACCAGAUGGGAGAUACCAAACUACAAGAAAGAGAUCAAGAAAAAGACUUGGGAGUGUAUAUCUGCAACAACUGUAAGUCGUCUGUUCAGUGUGCAAAGUCUGCCCAGAAAGCGAUGAAUAGCCUCAGAGUUAUCAAGAGAACCUUCAAGCAUAUAACCAAGGAUAGUUUUGCUGUAUUGUACAAAACAUACAUAAGGCUUCAUCUUGAAUACUGCGUCCAAGCAUGGAACCCAGGGCUGCGGAAAGAUAUCCACACAUUGGAGAAGGUGCAAAGAAGAGCAACCAAACUGGUUCCUGCUGUAAGACAUCUUAGCUAUCCAGACAUGCUAGAGGCACUCGACUUGUACAGCCUAGAACAAAGGAGAACAAGAGGCGACCUUAUAGAAGUGUUCAAGAUUUUCAACGGAUUUGACAAAACAGAACCAACAAGAUUCUUCAAAAUCUCCAACACAAGAGAAACAAGAGGACACAACAUGAAGAUCUUUAAGAGUGGGAUGAACAAAGCUCUGAGAUGCAGGCAAGACUUCUUCUCCCAGAGAGUAGUCAACACUUGGAACGAUCUACCAAGUUAUGUUGUGAAUGCCAAGACCACAAAUUCUUUCAAACAUGAGCUCGACGAGUACUGGAAGAGAUAUGGGGUCAUAAAGGCUUAUAAAGCCUAA